UUUCGGUUGGAGCAGUGCCGGUGCCCGACGUGGCCCACACAGGGGCAAAGGCUGCAGAGGCAACUGCUUCAGAACUUGCUGCCGUGCAUCGUUCCGCCUUACGAACGAAUUAGGGAAAAAGAGGACAGAUCACGCCUGAUAGUCUGGCAAAAACUGUGCGCCCUAGUGUCUGUACACACUGCAAGGGCUUCUUUAAGCCAGUCUUCAGCUACAGACUGCGCCAACGGCCUAGCACUAAGGGUCCCCCGGCGAGUAGCGAGUUCCAGCUGGUCAGCCAAGGCUCCCGCUUUCGUGAAAAAAAAUGGCCAAUUUCUUUUGUCAUGUUUGUCAUUUUUUCGCACCUGCCGUACCUGGCAGUCAGAAAUGGGAACACUCUUUCCUACCCUUUUAUACCAUUUUAGACCUGCAUUCACACAUAUUCAAGGCUAUUUUUCAUUGAUGCGUAGAUUCAUUUUUUGCGUCAAAUCUUAAAGGGGAAGCAUUUAUCUGCAUUUAUCUGCAAGCUGCCUCUGGAUGCUGGCUUCAAAUAUGUGCAAAUUUUCGUCAUGCUUUUCCCAGUUUGACUGAGAUGAUUCAUGACCACGAUUGGUUUCUGAUGGGUUGAAAUCACUAAUUAAGCCGCUUUUUGUUGGGAUGUUUGAAGUAUCGUAAUUGCUGAAUCUUGGCCAAAGAACCUCCCAGCACAACUUUGUGAUAGCCUCUCAUUGAGCGCAAACACAUACGGACAAAGAAUGUCGCUUUGGCAUUAGAGAAUUCAAAACCGAUGUGGUAUCAAAUUGUGUCAAAGGUAGUAACUUCACUUUUUCUCCCUGUGGCUGCUGUGGCUGUGGCUGGUGGCAGGCUGAGAAGACCAUGCAAGCUCCAACAUGGCAUCAGUCUGAAUCAAACAAGUGUCGAGCCCGUCGAGCCCGUCGCACCAAGCAUCAGUUUUGGUGUAAAAAGCGUCUCCAGGCUCUAUACAGUCUCGAAAAGGGGCUGCGAACAGUCGCCAGCAACGACUCCGACCAAUGCAGUUCUCGCUCCAAAGUUUCUUUUGCUGCCCGUCAAAGCAUUCAAUGCAUUCGCCGAAACGUUGGGUACCCGUAAGAUUGGCCCAGGAGCAAUACGAAUUCUGGCGUAUCUGCAUGACAAUCUGUACGUCAUGUGCCACUUUUCAACAGUUUCAGCCUUUGCUUCACAGGACGUUGCCAAGAGUGCCUUUGGUUUCCGUCAAUGAUAUUGCAACACAUCUGCACAGUCUUGCAGGAAGGUGACUUUAAAUUUCUCAGAUUUAUCGUUAAGGUAGGACAUCUUAUGACGGAACCAUGGAACCAUUGUGAUAGAAAACUUUUUAUUCGCGAGACAGGACAGAUCUGUACAGGACACCUGGCAAAGAACCGGAAUCUGGACACCUUGGCCCUGAGACUUUUCUGCAUCGACUUCCUCGACUUCCUCGGCUUCCUCGACUCUUGGCUGUGUGAUUUGACCGAAAUUUGAAAGAGAGCUGAUUGACUACUGCAAAGUGUGUCUGGCUUUGGAAGCUGGAACUUGUGCGUUUCCACUGCCAGGGGUGACUGGAACACGGUGCGGAUCACGUGAAUCACGUGAAUCACGUGGACCAUGUGACGUGGAUCACAUCGAUCACGAUCUGAUCGGGGUAGAAAAAGUGCGUCGAAGGGAACUUGGUGCCGUUGAGGCGGCGAAAGGAUCUGUCUUCGGCCC